AUGAAUAACACAACUCAUGAACAACGACCACCUCCGCCACCGGAGUUGGCGUCUCUCGUGAACACUGUAGAUCUUGCACAUUUGAUAUCUGGAAUCUAUAUUUCGAUUAUCGCUGUCCUUACGAUAAAUGGAAAUGGUCUGCUUCUCUUGGCUAUCAUCAAAGACCCUUUCAAGUCGUUCCGAACACCCACAACUCUCUUUGUGGUGGGUCUUGCAGUGGCGGAUGUCCUCACUGGUGCCGUUGUGGAACCUUUGACAGCUUAUAUUUAUAUUGGACAUUACCUUAAAUUUCAUCUUAAUCCGGACAAAAGGAAAGCAUUUAUCGACUGUGCACAUUUUACCUCGCACAUAUCCUUCGUUACCAUGAACGCAUCUUUCCUGAUUUUACUGACCUUAACGUUUUGUCAGUACGUGGCCAUAUCGUUUCCGCACAAGCACCGCUCCAUUGUCAACCACAGAAACGUAAUGACUGCUUUGAUUAUUAUAGCGAUAUAUUCAGUUUUGUUCUCGUUUCUUCCUGAGUAUAACGUCCCUCUUAGAUUGAAGAUGGAAAUAGAUGUGCUUUUAAACACCAAUGCCAUUGCCCUCGUACUACUCUUGAGCUAUGGACUUCUCUACCGAGCUUACCAUUUACAUCUUAGCCGUGUGAGCUCACUGGACGAAAACCAGGCCGCACGGGCUCGUAGGAGAGAGCAAGAACGCGAGUUUACCGCGGCUAAUUUACUUUUGGUUUCAUUUUUUCUUGUAUUUACUCUACCUUCAAUGAUUCUUUGGAACCUCAGGCUCUAUAAGUAUUACGAUACUCGUUCUCUACCUUUUGAUCAGCAGUUGAGACUGUCACUCGCAACCGCGCUUGCUUUUGAUGUUCUUGUCAUGAAGUUUGCUCUUGAUCCAUGCAUUUAUGCAUGGAGAUUGUCCAAAUACCGCCAUGCCAUCAAAAAAAUUAUCAAGUGUGGUCAAGAUGUUUCUGAGAUCGAUGCAAGCAUUCCGACGAACACAACUUCACUCGCAAGUUCAAGACACGCCGGGGUAGAUGGAAAAAAGGGUCAAGAGCGGGGUCGGUCGGGUUCUACAGCUUUUCCUCUUAAUUUGCCCCAUCAGUCAAUGGCAGAACCCGAGUUUUAA